CACUAGGCCCUCCCCACACCAAACUAUAAAAGCCUAUAGUCUUUGUUCCUCCACAACCACUACUCACUCUCAUCUGCAAAUAACCUUUGUCUCAGUCCGAGACACACUGAUCACAUUUCAAACCACAAUGACUGACCUGGAGAGUUCACUGGCCACCAUCAUGGAGGUGUUCCACAGGUACACAGAGAAGGAAGGAGACAAGCACAAACUGAAGAAAAGUGAACUGAAAGACCUGAUCAAUGAGGAGCUGCCAGCCCUUACAGGGCAAGUGAAGGACCAGGCCACUAUGGACAGUUUGAUGGAGAGCCUGGACACGGACGGAGACUCGGAAUUGGACUUCCAAGAGUUCAUGACAUUUAUCACCAUGGUAACUGUCUGUUGCCAUGAUUUCUGCGAGCACCAUGAGGACGAGUAGCUAGGCACCAGUUAAACAAGAGAGAGAGAGAGAGAGAAAGCCAGUAAGUUAUAAAGUAGGAACUUUAGUUUGAUAAAAUACUGAAAUGUCAAUGCAAACUUUGUAUUUUUCCAUUUGCUCCCAUUUAGAUUCAAAAGGUUUCUUAUACCCUGUUUGCCUACAAAGGGUUAACGCACUUUGUUUCAUUGCCUGUGGUUUGUCAGAGUUGACAAAGCCAAAUUGGUUUAGUCCUGAAACUUCAUAGAAUAGUUUUUGCCAACAAAGCUUAGCUUUACAGUAUGCAAGAAAAGUGCUCUAAGUGCCAAUGUAAAAUAUUCAGGCGUUUCUGCGGCUCUAAAUUGGCUCAAUUGUUAUCACUAACAAUGCAUGUGUAAUCAGCUACCCCAUUCAUUGUACAUGGUCUGUCAAGUAAAACAAGUAUUCUCCAGUUUGAUUUUGACCCCCCCCCAAAAAAAAUAAAAAAUGUUGAAUUUCAA